CGGGCAGUGGCGGCGGCCAAGGGACGUCUCAGUGAGCCCUGGGUCCGUGUCCCACCAUGAGACGGGCAGUGGGACCAAGCCCAGAAGGAGGGAAGCUGAGCAGCCUCCAGGUGCACCCAAGGGAGCCCCGGCACCCCAAAGCUGCCAGGAGCCGACAGCCAAGCCCACCCACCCUGCUGAAGAGCUGGAGCUGCCAGGCUCCAGCAGCCCGAGCCAGGCGCGUCAUCUUUGAGGACGAGGUGCUGCCACCGGGGAGACCCCCGGGGAGGGUCCCACCAGCCACAGAAAGGGGGAGUGAGUCCAUCCCCCCUGCUCUGGCACCCGGGCCACGCGCAGUCCCGGACUACGUGAUGAGGUACCCGGCGAUCCGCAGCCCCCGGCAGCGGGAGGGAUACAAGGGGGUCUUCCAGGACCAGCUGGCAGAAUACACCGAGCUGCUCCGGGAGCUCCGCGCUGCGCGGCCGCGGCUCGGGGAGGAGGAGACGGCGACGGGCGGGCGGCCCCGGCACCCCCGGCACCCCCCCAGCAGCACGGUGGGUCCCUUGGAUCGGGCCUUCCUGGGGAAGCAGCAGCGCUGUGAGUACCUGCAGAAGAAACUGACGCACAUCAAGGCGCGGAUCCAGGACUAUGACCGCGGCGCCCGCCCCUGGAGCCUGCGCAGUGGCCGCGGGACAACGACCCCCGGGGGGUCCCCAGGGGCUGAGUGAUGGGCUGGAGGUGGCGAUGCUGCAGAGAUGCACCCGCUGCCCACCCAACCUUUGUACCUCCCCCCCCCCGGGGCACGGGCAGCAAACCCACGGGCUCCUCGAGCUGCUGGUUUUGGGGUCCUCUGGGGUGCCCUGGGGGCUCUUGUAGCCCCGGGACCCCCCGCGGUGCUGGGUGGGUGCUGAGUGGGUGCUGCCUGUCCCCGUGUGGGAGCCAGGCCAUGGCUGUGCCCCCCGCUUCACCCCAUGUGAACUGGGGGACACCCCCUCCCCGUCCUGGGGCGGCUGCAGAAAUGCCCAGAACUGGGUUUUAAUAAAUCACGGUGAUGGGUUUAUUUUUUUGGGGGGUCUUAAUGUGCACCCUGGGGCACCCGAUGAAACGCGUCCCACCCUCCCACCCAUGGGACCCUCCCGGUCCCCAGGAAAACAUCGGGAGGUCGCGGGGAGGGGGCGGAGCAGAGCAGACCCCCGACCCCAAAGCCCUGAGGGACCCCGGGGGCUGCAGGGACCCAGCAGGGGGUGCCCCCCCCCUCGCCGCUGCGGGCUCCCGGUAUUUCCCCCCUGUCCAAGUUAAGGAAUCCCCCCGCGGAGCCGCCGGGACGGAGCCGCCGGGGCUGCGGCGCUGGGAGCCGGUGGCGGGAGCGGGGGCGGCCCCCGGGGCUGCCCCCCCGCCCCAUCUCACCCCUCCCCGGAGGCGGAAACCGGGGCCGGUCUUCAGCCAAGCUCGGCUGCCAUUUUAAGGUGAACAAAGAGGCGGAGGCGCCGGCAGCCAGAUCUGCUUACGGAGAAGCCCUCGGGGUUAGCGCUGGCCUUGGUUUCCCCACGAGCGGCGGUGACUCUGGCAGCGUCAGGCGCGGGCGGGCGGUCGCUGGCGGUGCCGUCGGGCUGGUGACGGGGGUGACCAAAGUCCCUGCCAGGCCUGCAAAGCCACGGAAACCCCGGCAGUGCCGCCUGGCGCAGCCACAGCGCCGGCACCUCCCGCUGCAGGACCAGCUCCCGCAGCUCCGGCCGUCUUCCCUGCCAGGAUCUCCAUCGCGUCCCGCCCGCCCCGGCUCCCACCACCACCACCAUGUUCAGCAAGAAGUCCUAUGAUGGCCCCCCCACCAGCUACGGUCCCCCCACAGGCUACGGGUCCCCCAUGGGUGAUUAUGGUUACGACUACAGUGCCCGCUCGCCCCCGCCGGGCUCCUACUACAUCGAGGAGGUGCCGCAGCACUUCUACAAGUGGACGUCACCGCCUGGCGUGGUGAGGAUCCUGGAGGUCAUAGUCAUCCUGCUCUGCAUCGCCAUCUUCGCCUGUGUGGCCUCCACCCUGGCCUGGGAGUACGGCUACGGCUACGGGGGGCUUUAUGGCAACGGGCUGGGGGGCUACUACGGCUCUGGCUACUACGGCAGUGGGGUGAACUACGGCUACGGUUACGGCUACGGGGGCUACUACGGUGGAGUCACCAACCCGCGGGCGGCCAACGGGUUCAUGAUCGCCAUGGCCGUGCUCUGCUUCCUGGCCCAGCUGGGGCUCUUUGUGGCCAGCGUCAGCAAAUCCAGCAGCUCCCGCUCCCGCCGCUUCUACCUGGUGGUGCUGGUGGUGUGUGCUGUGCUGGCCCUGCUCAUGCUCAUCGCGUCCAUCGUCUACGUCGUGGGCGUCAACCCCCAGGCGCAGAUGACCGGCAGCUACUACUACAACCCCAUGCUGGCCAUGUGCAACCAGAUCUACACCGGCAGCACCUACAUGAACCAGUACCUCUACCACUACUGCACCGUGGACCCCCAGGAGGCUGUAGCCAUCGUCUGUGGGUUCCUCAUCGUCCUCCUGCUCUGCCUCAUCUGCUUCUUUGCUCACAAGACGCGGAGCAAGAUCUGGAAAUACGGGAAACACAACAUCUACUGGGAUAAGGUGCCAGUGGUCCAGGAGGGUCCCAAUGUGGAGGAGUGGGUGAAGAACGUGGCGGACGGGGCCAGCGUGCAGGAUGAGACGGCCACGCUCGCCUACUCGGAGAAGCCGACGAGCCCCAUCACGGCACCACCCUACAGCCCCCCCUCCUACAGCUGUGCCCCCCAAAACGGGUACUACCCCCCCGGGACCUACAGCAGCAGGGGUGACCAGCCAGACCGGGGGGUCAGCCCCAGCCCAGUGGAGGAGAAGGGGCGGGAACAGCCCCCCAAGCCCCCCACCCGCCGCGGCCGCCGCCGCCGCCGCAACCCCGAGCUGGACGAGUCCCAGUACGAGACCGAUUACACCACGGCCGUGGAGUCCGGCGACGAGCGGGACCAGGACCAGUGGGCCAGCCUCUACCCCCCCAUCUCCUGCGAUGCCACCCGCCAGCGCUACAAGCAGGAGUUUGACACCGACCUGAGGCGCUACAAGCAGCUCUGCGCCGAGAUGGACGGCGUCAACGACCGCCUGAACCAGCUCAACAAGCAGCUCGACAGCGUCCCCGAGGACAGCCCCCAGUACCAGGACGUGGCAGAGGAGUACAACAGGCUGAAGGACCUGAAGCGGAGCCCCGACUACCAGACCAAGAAGCUGGAGACCAAAACCCUGCGCAACAAACUCUUCCACAUCAAGAGGAUGGUGAGCGACUAUGACAAGGUGCGGGGGUAGCCUGUGCCCCCCCCAGGGGCAGGAUGGGCACGGGGGGCUCCCCCCCUCCUCUCCAAGGACUUUGGUGCAUUUUGUACCCUCAUUUGUAUAAACCCCCCCCCAAAGCGACCCCACCGUGGCGGUGCCAAGGGCACGGGGCUGGAGGCAGCUGCUGGAGACCCCCACCCCGUGUGUGCCCCCCACCCUGUGCCUUCCCUCCCCCCACUGCACACUUAGGGGGGGCUGUGGGUCCCCUCCCACCCCUGUAAAUAUGUUUGGGGAGGGUCCCACAGCUUGGGGGGUGGGGGUACCAAACCACAGCUUGGUGCCAGCAGGGAUGAGCAGAGCAUCCCUCAGCGAGGCACCCUGGGGGGGGUGGGGGACACAGAGGACACCCCCCCACACCCACCCCAUUCCCCGUGGCUGGGGUGAUAUUUUGUAAGGAACUGGCUGAAACUGUGUCUUUUUUUAAAAAAUAAACUGUAUCUAUUGAUUUUC